GAGAAUCCCAAGCAGGCUCCAUGCUGUCAGCGCAGAGCCCGGUGUGGGGCUUGAACUCAUGAACUGUGAGAUCAUGACCUCAGCCGAAACCGAGAGUCGGAUGCUUAACCGACUGAGCCACCCAGGCGCCCCAUCCCCGCAGAAGUUUUAGAAAUAAGUUAAAAAGAGGAGCAUGAAAAUUACCCUUUUGUAACAGUUACUGUUGACAUCGGUUUUAUCUUAUUUCCUUACUUCUCUACAGUUGAGGAAACUGAGGUAGGGAAACAUUAGGUAACUUCCCAAAGUCAUGGAGCUACAGCGUAGCAGAGUCGGGACUUGAGCCCACGGUGUAGACCGAGCCCGUCCCAUCAGGCUGUUGUGAGGUCUCAGGGGACCGAUGCAUGCCAAGGGGGCCCCCUGGAUGCAGGGCUCUGGGAAAGGAGGGGCGCUCAGCAGGGGAAGAGGGACACGGCCCUCAGGCCGGUUUCUACACUGUCCUUGUGUGUGUGGAGCAGGAGGAUGGAGCCUAGGCUGGAGCCCAACGCCACGUUCACCUCCGGGCUCACAGCCACACCUGAGCGACCGCUCCGUCUCAUCUUUGCUGGAGUCUGCGGCCUCAUCCUGCUGGCGGGGCUGGUAGCCAACGGGCUCAUGCUGGUGGUGGUGGGCCGGGCCUCAGGCGCCCCCCGUCCGCUCCUCGCCCUGACCAACAGCCUCAUGGUGAACAUCACGCUGUCCGACCUGCUCUUCCUGGCCUGCGUGGUGCCCGUGCUGCUGCUCAGCUUCCUGCGGCCCCACUGGUGGCUGGGCCCCGUCCUCUGCACUGCCAGCCAGGCCACCAACAACGCCACCAUGUUCUGUACCUUCUACAGCAUGGUGGCCACGGCUCUUCUGCGCCACGUGGCCGUGGCCUGGCCCGACGUGGCCCUCCCGUCUGGCCGGGGCGCCCGCCUGCUGCUCUGUGGGGCCGCGUGGGUCCUGGGCCUCACUGCGUCAUUGCCUACCUGGCUGUUCCAGAGGGUGGUCGUGGAGGAGGGGGCCGUGGGGGCCCCGGCCUGCCUCUUGCUCCUGAGCCCUGCCCAGGCCUCCUGCUACUUCAGCCUGCUGGGAGCCCUGGCCUUCCUGCCUUGUACGCUGGGGCUGGGCUGCUCUUUCGGCCACGUGGGCUGGCUCCUGCGGACACGGCCCCGUGGCCCCAGCGGGGAGAGCGUCCGGGAGCACCAGGAGAACGCAGGGCUCAUCCUUGUGGUGCUGGUGGUCUUCGUGCUGAUGUGGGGGCCCUGCUCUGUGCUGGGCUACGUGGCAGCUGUGGGCGGCCUGCCUACCACGCCGGUGGCUUUCGUGGCGUCCAGCCUCUGCACCAUCCUGGCCUAUUCCAACUGUGCGGUCAGCCCCAUCCUCUGCUUCUACCUCUCCCGCCCCUUCCGGGCAGGGCUCAGGGACCUCUUCUGCAGGCCAAGGGCAGCCAGGCACCCUGCGGGCGUGGGCGGGGCCGGUAUGGUGAUGGAGAGCAUCCAGCCUGGCCUCAACCCAGGUCCCGGGAGGCCUCUGGGGUCUGGCGAGGCUCUGAGAAGACAGGCUGACGGGAGGGCUGAGAGUCAAGAGAGAUGGGAAGACCCUUAG